AUGAGUAAACUGAAAGGAAGCCGUCUGGAGGCGGAGGUCGAUCGGGUUAGAGCUGAUGCCAACUGGAAACGCCUCUCGGAGCUUCUCCCAUCAGUCAAGUCCAAGAAUUCGGGCCUCGAGGACUGCUACGAGAUGUUUCAGGCGGAAAUUGUGUUAGAAACCUAUUUGGACCAAUUGGGAGAAGUUAUCCGUCCCAGCAAGGAUCACAUGGAUAAGCUGACUUCUGCCGAGCAGCUGCUUCAGAAUUCACUUCGAGAGAAGUCGGCAACGAAUCAGAAUGUGAAAAUUGAGGCAAAUAUUCUUCUGGCUAAGGUGCUAUACGCUUGUUUAGAGUUCCGAAAAGCCCUCCAAUGCAUCUCAAACAGUGAAAUGGAAAAUGGAAAAACCCCGUUUCGCACGCUUCGAGCCCUCCGUUUAGUAGCCGAAGGAUACGCUAUCAAAGGAUUAUGCAUUGAAUCAAUGGAAGAGGUUCCGCCAGCCACUGGAACUCGGCCACACUCGGCUAGUACCUCUUCCACCACGUCUACCGGCUCUUCAAAGGAUCAAAAAGCGCUUUAUGUGUUUGAAAAGUCUGCGGAGCUUGCGAUUUUCUAUAUAAAUGAGCUGGAAAAGUCGAUAAAUUCGAGUCAGGCGAAGACGGCGGUUAGCGGAAGUUUGACAGCGUCGACGAGCUCACAAACGACUCAGGCUGGUGUGAAACAGCAGGAGAAAAUUGUGGGUUCGAAGCGUUUUCAAAAUGAGAAGAAAAAAUUUUCAAAUUACAAAUUGCAUUCGACCCUUCUCCAAGUUUUAGGUGAGCUCCUCGAACGCGUCAUGGAGCGUGUGGCCAUCAUUCGUGCCAAAGACACCGCAGCCAAGAAGCAAUCUUCGGGAACUGAGGGCAUCGAAUGGUACCGGAAGAUUAUUACGUGUCUAGGAGACAAAUAUACUGGCGAGCGGCUGAAACAGAAACUGUCCCGGCAGUUUGCAGAGCUUUUGAUUCGAGCUACAGUACCCAUUGAGGAGAAAUCGAUGAGCGAAGCGAUGCAGACGAAGGCCAUGAAUAUGAAAUUGUACCACGGCUCUCACAAGACAUUCUUCACGCCGAAAUCAAAAAUCGAGGAGAUCAUUUUGCUGCUACUGAUCAACGAAGUGCUCUCGACACGAGAAGUGAUUCUAUCGCGGGCUGAUGAUUUGUCGAAUUCUCGCACACUAUCACUUCAAAAUGCGAAAUCCUCGUUCAAUUUGUUGACGUUGGUGCUGUCGACAAUCAAUCAAUAUCAAUUAUUGGCUCAGAUCUACGAACGAGCGAUGAAGUUUGCGAAUAACGACUCGUUUUUGUGGCAACAAUUCGCCCUGUCUGCGAUCUGCUGUGGCCGAUUCUCUCGUGCUAUUCGCGUCUUCGAACAAUCGAUUCUAGCCUCCACGAUCGCUUCAGAAUCCCUGAAUCCCACGUCUUCAGAUUCUCACGCCACAUUAUCCGCCUCCUCAUCAACGUCUUCUUCUACAUCGUCAACUCCAAAACAUCAGAAUCCAAGACCAACGUCACCAGAUGCCGCCAUGUUUUCAUCGUUGAAAUUGACGAAUAACCCGUCAUGUGCACUAUCUGUUAUCAGUGAAUAUAUGAUGAUUUCCCAGGUCCUGAUUGAGAGAUUUGGGAAUUAUGAGCCGGCCAUUGAAUACGCAGCCAAAGCUGUAGAAUUAUGUACUAAAGAGGGACAAUUAUCGUUUUUGAAGUCAAGAUGUCAAUUGUUGCAUGCCAUUGCUUUUGGAUUCCGCGCCUCCGAAGAGCCAUCAUGGGAUCUGAAAAGAACGCAGCUAUCAAAAACGGUGCACCUCAUCGAAGAAUGCGUCGGACACGAUCCACACGACUAUCUCUCCCUCUACUACGCCGCUUAUUUCCAUGCGGUCUCCAGAGAUCUGGAAUCGGCCAAAGAUCGUUGCUCGAGAAGUUUAGCGUUGAAUGGAGACCAACCUGGUGCUAUUAUGUUGUUGGCGUUGAUUUUUACGGCUUACGGAGAUUUGAAAGGCGCCCUAGAGCUCGUCAUCAACGCUCUAGCAGAGUUUGAGCACAACUACGGCCUUAUGGUGCUCCGUUUGCACAUUGAAACGAAAUUCGGACGAAUCGAAGAAUCCCUAGACACGUGUACACAUCUUCUGGACUUUUGGAAGAAACAACCGACGGUACAGCAACAAUUGGCAUAUUCUGGGGGCAUUUUGGAUGAGGAACGGUCGCAGAGAACGAUAAAUGGCACGGAGACGAUUGGUGGAAGUCAGAAGACUGUGUUUUCAGGAACACCAUCUCUCGGGCGAGAGCUGUCCACACCACUGGCCACGACUCCACUCAUCGGAAGUUUUCCAGCUUCUACACUUCCCGUGAUCAGUGCGAUUCCCGGGAACACAUCUACUGUAGAUCUAUCAGGUAUCGCCGAAUCAAUCGUAGGAACAGCUGCGUCUGAAGCUGGCGCUGCGCCAUCCACCAACUCCGAUUCUCUGAACAAUUCCAUUGGUGACGCCUGGUCAAAGUUCCGAACCCAAGCGGAUGUAUGGAUGUGUCUGGCGGAAUUGUAUAUUGCUGAGGGACGACAUGCGGAUUUGACUAAAGUUAUCGAACAGGCGAUCACAAUGUUCCCAAGCUCACCACAGGCUCUUUAUUUGAAGGGUCGCCUUCUCGCGUCUCGCUCCCAGAAAAUGACCGACGACUCGUUGAGCUCUCGAAUCCGUGGUGAAGCCAAAUCGGCGUAUCUCUCGGCACUCGCACUGGCGCCAGGACACUUUCCAUCGAUGGCAGCACUUGCGCAGUUGUAUGAAGAGGAGGGAAAUCAAAAAAUGGCCGAGCACAUGUUGAGAGAAAUGGUUCGUGUGGACCCACUAAACUGCGAAUGGUGGCAACAAUUGGGAUGUUCGCUGAUGAAACGUGGCGACGCCGAGAGAGCGACCGAAUGUCUGACCGCGGCCUCUCAGCUGGAUCGAUCCACACCACUGCUGCCAUUUUCGGUGGUCCCCAUGGUGUUUCCCGCUAAUUCGCGAUAG